AUGAGCGCGCCAUCCUCUCCCGAUGGUGGAAACGGCGAGGACGACGCGGCGGCGGUGGGUAUGAACUACUCAAUCGCGGAAGCGUUGAUUCGACGAUACACGUCCGCGUGUUUGGAAUUGUCUUCAUCAUCGAAUUCUUCAAGUUUUGCGUCGUCUUCAACAUCUUUGGAGGGAUUGUCGCCGUCGUUUUUGAACGCGUCGUCGUCGGUAGGAGCACACGGGGGGGGUAACGACAGUAACGAUGUCGGUGGUGGUACGAGUGCUGCUGCGAGUGCGAGUACCUCUGCAUCCUCGGCGCGAAUGGAGGAUAUUCGGCGCAAGUAUGGGACUUUGUUGGAUGCUUUAGCCGCGAUAGCGCCAACGCAUGCGAGAGUUUUAGUCGAAAACUUAGUCAAUUGGGAAAAGGAAAUUUCGCAACGCGCGAACGCGGGCGAACCCGUGAAUACUAUUAAUGGAAGGGGAGAACAACAAAAAGAGAACGCUUUGUGCGCGCUAUGGCUGGCAGUUGAAGCAAUAGUGAAUGCAGUUGUCGUAAAUGAGGAAGGAACGACGUUAUUGGAUAAAUCGACGACGAAUAAAAUGUUCGUAGAGUUUCUUGCGCCGCUCGCGCUCGGCCACUUGUGUGAACGCGCGAGACACCAUUUAGCGCCAAAGAGAAAAUUUUGGUUGAAAGAAGACUUUGUGAGAGCAAGCAUAGAAAAGACUGUGGAGGAGCAUCGAGUAGACGCGAGAUUGAGUGAUAGAGAAAGAGAUGGUAUUUCCUUGGACGAAACGGUCAAGAAAGAAUCGAGAGCGAAAGAUCUUCUGACGCCAGAUGAAAGGGUAAGAGGAGGCUCGAACAUGAGAGAUAUUUUGAUGCGUACUCCUUCGAAGGAUAAAGAUCGUUCACUGCAAUACUCCCCCCAGAAGCUAACAACACCAUCCGGAUCGUUUAUGCUCCAACAACAGCGAUCGAUGAAGAAACUCGAUAUAGAGAUUGACCAGGAGGCUGCGCUGAGGAUAUUUCGGGAGGAAGAUGAUGUUGGACUCGCAAUAUCGCGGGUAAUCGCUUCUUUGUUCUCAAUCUCAUUCGAUGAAGCGCUUGAUUAUUUCGUAGGCGCGCUCAAAAGUCGGCUGACAGAAAAUCAAAGAACAGAAGCAAACUGGAUCAUGUUUGCCGUUUCUGGGGCAAAGCUUAGCUUGGUAGCUGGUGCGGAAACGCACAAUUUUGGGGUGAAUAUAGAACACGACGAGGAGAAAAUCCAAAACGCAGUAAAAUUUUUGAAAGCGUUUAAUCCAACAGAAUGGAUACCUCCAUCUAGAGCGAAGCCGAGCAAUUUUCGUCACGGGUUAUGCGUGUUGCUCUCAAAGUGUAUUGAUAUUCGAGCACUCGAUAGGAGCGGCGAAGAGUCAAAUUUCGAAAUCCCGCUGGAGUGGACGAAGACGUGUAUUCAAGCCAGAGUUUUCAUCACAGAGUGGGCAAAGACGAACGAAAAGCAUUUAGAAGAUGCGACACCUUUGCUCGCUACGCUUUUCGCGUGGGAACUUGCGGGAACUUUACGGGAAGAUAAUGCCAUCAUGGUUGCAGAUAACUCCGGGAAACAUCCGGAUCUGAUAGAAUUUUGUGACAACGUAAGUAGACGUGCGAAGAAAUUCAAAGGGAAAUCUGCCGAAGCUGUGGAUGUUGCUCGCCGAUUUUUCAGAGUUGCCAAGAGGCGGCUAAAUGGAAGUAAUUCGAACGAUAAAGUAAUUACAGACAAAAUAUUUAGCGUCUUGGAAGCUGGUAUGGAUGCGCUUGCGUUGGUGCAGCCUAAGGAUUUUGUAACAUACACCGCGUUUGCAUCCGACCAUGAGCAACCAUCCCAUGUUCGUUUCAUGAGUGCUAUCGCACUUUCAGCCGCAUAUCGCGUCGAUAAAACGCGCGCCAUUAAAAUUGCGUUGAGGAUGCUCUCUAAAACAGACCCUUCGGACGCUGUCGCAGUCGCUGUAAAUGUUGCCGCUAGCAUGCAGCUUAAAAUGAAAUCAUCAUUCGAUACUAUUGAACUCAUGGAGCAUUUGCAACGAGUAGUAGCUCGCGCGAUGGAAAUCAAUCAAUCCAUGUAUUCGGAUUCUGGAUAUACGGUCUCACGAAACCUUGGUAAUGAACAGUUGAAUCAGAUUCGUGGCAGCUAUCCCACUUUAGCGGCUGUUUUGCGGUGCAUCCCGAACGUCGAGGUGCCGAAUGUAGAUCCCAUCAACUUCGUUCCGCACUUUAUCACGCAUACAAACUCUGAGAUUCGCGUAGCUGCUGCUGGUGCACUGAGUAGACUUAUGUUGUUCAGUGGAGUAGAUGGUACUUUACCCUCUACAGAUGCGUGUAAUCGUUUAGUCCAGGCAGCGAGCUCGAGUUUGUUGAAUUUGAGAGAUACAUCUGAUCACUCGUUGAGAGAGUCCGCGGCGAAAGCUCUGACCUUCGCUCUCAAUCGACGUCGUGCAGCACUUAAUGAUAAUAUGAAUGAAAAUGACCCCACCCUUGGGCAUUUAGAUCAUGGUGGAAUAAUAGAAUCAACGCGACCGGAAGCUGCGGGUUUAGUUUUACUCUGCGAUCCCGUCCCAUCGGUUCGUCUGGCUGCUUUAGCGUUACUUCGGGAAGUUUCACACUUUCAGUUCAUGGACAACAGGUAUAAAAAGGGGCAAAAUAGUGCGAGUAAAAGAAAUUCGCCUCGGCAAUUCACCACUUCAUCUCCCCGCAAGCGCAGAAGCAUUGACACAGUUAAUCAAAGCGAUUUGCCACGAUCUGUAGCGAGCGUCAUCGACGAGUGUCGCUUUCGUAUGUAUGAAGAAGCUGAUAGCUUUACACAUACAUCACGCGGUGCUAAGUCGCACCGCUCUAUUACUGCUGAGGAGAUACUUGGAAACGAAGCGCUUCAAAGCAACGCGUUGUGUUCAGCGAUUGGCGUAUUAGCGAGAUCUGUGGCCACACCAUGCAAAGCUGCUUCAGUCACGGCCAGAGCACAGGCUUUGCAGCGAGUCCAAGCCAUUAUGGUGUUAGAAGGAAAAGGUUCUAUGAUGCAAGCUCCUACAGAACCAGGCUCGCACAUCUUUGAGUUAUGGCGAAACUACGCAUGUUUUGUAUGCUCGGCAACAGACAAGGAGGACCUCGAAAUACGUAACUCUAAGAAAAAAGAAAAUCCCGAUGAGAAUGGAUCUGGCCCUAAAAUCGUGACUAUAGGAUCUCGCGGUUCGCUCCAGACGCUCUUUCAAUUGACAGUUCCAUCCAUUCUCACGGGUAAAGGUGGCCAAUUGGAGGCAAUUCUGAACGUUUUGGAAAGAGUGCCGCCUUUCGUGGUUCCGAAGCUAUUGGAUGCGUGCGCGGAUGUAUUUAAAUCGAUUCCGAAACUUCAGAUACUAAAUACAAACACCACUCAUUCUUCUAUUAUGAGUAUAUUUGAUUCAAGCGCGGUGGAUGCUACGAGUGUCACGAUCUCGGGUGGUAACAUGAUGAGUCCUCAGUCCAAUAUGAAUUCCGUCACUUCUGUCCUAUAUGCUUGGAUGACAUUGGCAAAACUUUACAAGUUACUCGUAAUACGAUAUUCACCGUUUAUCGAAUCAACGGCGGAUGAUAAUGAUACGAAACAAACUAUGUGCGAGAAUAUUGCGAAGUUUGUGGAAGAGGCAACUUUCAUCGCAACUAUUGCAGCGAAAAUGGUACCAGGCGCGAAGGAUAUGAAGGAUAAUGACAUGAAGCCACUUGCAGAAGAGUUGAAAAGUUCUGUCGCACUCAUCAUACGCGCAACUGUCGAAGAUAUACCAACGUACUGUGCUACUGUGCUACAAAAGCAGUCACGAAUGAAGCUUUGGACACUUGUCUCGGGAUGGGUAGAAGAAGCUCUCGCUGAAAGCUAUAAACUUGCGGAAACGAGGAAUUUUCAAAGUGCAUUGGCUUCGAUUCUAGGUGCACCUGCUUUCGAUGAAUCUAUGUUGAGAGAAGAUGGUCCAGUUUUCGAUUGGAUUGAUUCUUUACUUGAGGCGGGUGAUGGUGAAUUAGAACGUGUUGCGCGAAAUGCAAUAGUAGGAUUCUGCUCGAAUAAUCCUCAAGUGUUACGGAUAGUUAUCGAGAAGUGCUACUCUGCCAAAACAAGUGUUUCGACGAUUUAUUUUUCCGCACUCGCGAUCAUUGCUUCGGAUGCGUUCAAUGAUACCGUCAAAGGUGGAGCACCAGUUGUUAGAUUUAUGGUGCCAGCACACCUUGUGACGUUGUCGUACUUUAAUCUGAUCAGCCUCGAUGCUCGAAAUAGGGAGAAUGCGAGAAAGCUCAUCAAAGCCAUCUUCAUUGUAUCUGAGAAUACCGAGGACGAUAAAGACAAAAGUAGUAGCGUCUUCGAGAAUGGCAAUGGUAGUAUGCAUGCAAGUAGACUUCUGGCUUUGUUCCAAGAUUCGUCAUCACAGCCUGAGCUUCCGGAAGUGCACUACAAUCUCUUGCAAAAUGCUUCAGAAAUAAUGGUACAGACUAAAGACGCUUCAAAGUUGGCACCUGAAUUACUCAUACAAACAUUUUCAAGAUGCUGCUUUCUCAUGAGUGAUGAUGGUAGUAGUAGGAGUAAUGAUUUGCAACUGAACAAUACAAUCCGCCAAGUUUUAAUUGCACUAAAACCAUGGGUUCGGUCUUUAAAACUCGAAGAGCUUACGAAAGCUGGGAAACGCCAAGUCUGCAACCGCCUUCUUCUUGAAUUCUACGAUAUCACGAGGAUUUUGGGCAGAAAGUUCGGAGCAGAAAUCGAGUCUCUCUGGGGUUGUUUAGCGAUGAGAGAGAGCUCUCACCUUCUUACACCACGUAAUCUCGAAAUCGCUCUGGACUUUUUGCUUUUCAACGGCGUGAAGACGGAAAAUGUAAAGAUCUCCAACAUGAUGAUUUCUGGAGAUGUAACGAAGAAGAAGAACGAGGAAAAUGAAACGAUCGAAUCUUUUGAAGGCAACCUUUUCCUGACUCCGAAACGAGCGUGUUUGUAUUUAGCACGAGUUGCGCCACAAGAAUGUAUUGAUAGACUUGUUCGGGCUGUUUCUUUUCGCGCUUUGGAGCCAGAAGGCGAAAUUUACUCAAACACAGACGCUUUUUACCACUCCCAAAUCGAAGAGCCAGAUUUGGCAACUAUUCUUCUUGCUGAAAUAGCUGCCGAACACGACGAAUAUUUUCGCUCUCAGUUAAUUGUGCUCGUUCACGCAGUUGUGGCUACGAUAGCAACCUCGAGAAAUGCUUUAGUAUGUGCACAUUGUCAGCAGCUUUUGGCUAAUUUAUUGCACAAGCUGGCUGGGCAACCUCUGGUAAGACGCAUCGAAAAUUAUGAGAAUGAUGAUCAGAGUCUCUCGAAAAUUCCUGCCAAAGAUCAACGCGCUCUAGUCACAGUUCAAAAGUUGCAAAAGCUCGUCGGAAGUCGAGGGCUUGAGGCCGGGAGUUCUUGGAAUGACUCAAAUUUGGAUCUCUUCUGUCAUCGCUUUCCAGACUGUAUGGUAUUUGAGGCUUCGCCGAGGGAAAGAUGGUCGAGUGAGGCUUUGCGUUGGGUAUCGAAGGCAAAAUCGUUUACUUUAGCGUUAGCAUCAAUGGAUAUUCUCGGGGCUUUGCGUCACCCGCUCGAUAACGAAGAGUUCAGAACGUUUCUGGGAAUCAUGUGUACUUCGGCGGCUAUGUCGGAAGGGAAAUUUUUGUCUGGAUCGACGGUCCCGCCGAAAAAGUCAAAUGUUCAUUCCCCAUCAUCUUCUCCCCGAGGAUCUGAGGACGGAACGGUCACCCAUCGUAUGCAACUCGGUAUGAAAUUUACCUUGUCUAUACUCAUUGCUUUGAGGAAGUCGCCGUUUGUGUAUGUUCGCAUCGCACCUCAGACAUUCUGGUUUGGCGUCGCGUGUUUGCGCUCGACUAACGAACAAAUCUACGAAGCUGCCGUGCGACUGGUGACUGUUUCUCUGAUGUCUGCACCAUUGAAUACGUUCGGUUCUUUGGCUUCUUUUUCAACCUACGCGGCGUCUGCGCCGCUACCGUUGCGAACUCGCUAUGCUGACUCAAACUCAAACGGUGGGAAAAGCACCGGUUACCAGGCGAAACCUGCAAUAUCUCUUCAAGAUGUUGUGCCCUUGCUUCUGAAAGGGACGCUGAAAAAUGCAGCAGCGACGAGAGGAUCAGCAGCGACUGCGUUAGCAUCAAUAGCUCCAUACUGCGCUUCUGAUAUAUGGGGCGGCAAAAAAACUUUAGCGUGCGUGCUUUGUGGAUUAUUACCUAUUGCCUUGUACGCAUUCUACGGAGAGGAAGAAGAAGAUAAUGGAAGUUAUGAAGACUACGGCAGAAGAGAUGGAGAGACUCCUGAGCAUAAACGAAGAGACGAUGAGCAACUUAAGCGAAAGAGGAAGAAAAGUACUUUCGGCAAAAAGGAAGCCAUGGUGGCGCUUCAGUUGCUCGCCGAGGGUUGUCGACUAGUUUCACCAGUGCUUGAGGACACCUUACACUGCAUUAUUGUCUCGCGCGAUUCUCUAGAGCAGAACAGUAACGACGAAAAUAAAGACGAGUAUCAUCGCCUCACGGGAAUGCAAAAAAGUGCCAGGCGCGCUUUCGGGCAAUCUUCAAACGGUUUUGAAAAACGUGGCGAUGGUGACGACGACGAUGAUGCUUUUGGUGAUUUUAAGGGCAUGUAUAAAUUUUUGAACGAGUUUAGUGGCGUCACAACGCUCGAGCAGGCGUGUGAGCUCUUGGCGCAGCCUUUGUUCGAUGGUUUUUUGCUUCCAAACGAUUGCGCCGAGUGCGCGAUUACUCUUUUAGGGGAUAUAGCAAACUCAUCAGCACAUCACGGGAACGCAGAAGGAGCUCUGCAUUUGCUCUGCGCGGCUGCGACGUAUUCUCCGUCAGUUCGAGACGACAUAUCUCUGUACGGAGAGACGGGUGUGUUUCACGCCUUGGCUUUAGAAACGAUGGAAAGACAACAAAAACGAAAUAACAACAACAUGGAUGAGACGACAACGACGAGGACGCCGGAAACACUUACCGACCGUAACGAAGGAUUAAACGAAAACAUCGCCAUGAAAAUGUUAAAGAGCGUAGCAAUGAACUAUUCUGCGGCUUCAAAAGUCGCGGAAAUGAAGAAAAUAGAAAAAGAAGAAGGAGAGGAAGAAACAGCAACAAAGACGACGACGGCGAAGCCUGUUUUCUGGCAAGGUAGCCUGAAGCGGACGAAAGAAGAACCGAUUUCAGAUUUGACCUGGGGGAUCUUGUUGAGCGCGAAUUUCGAUCCCGAGCACGCUUCGCUCCCAGCUUCUUUAGAAUAA